UUCUCCGGCAUCGUCAUCGGCUGCUUGCCGGCCGCAUCGCCGGUCAUCAGCCUCUCGCUCCGGCGCGGGGCCCCGGCACCGCUGGAUCUGCCGGACUUCGACGGGCCUACCCUCUCUGAUGGCUCGGCCGGCGGGGUGGACCCGGAUUCCCUGACCUACCCCCUGUGCCGGCGCCUGGUGGACGCCUGGCGGGAUGAUGUGUCCGAGGAGCAGAUCGCCGGGGCCCUGCGCCUGGCUUUCCGGCUGGACGCCCAGCGGGUCGAGGGCGCCGCCGGGGUGGCGCUGGCCGCCCUGUUGGCCGAUUCGCCGGCCGGGCGAUCGGCCAGCCAGGUGCCGACGUUCGCCGCGGACCCGGCCACCGGCCAGGGGGCCGCUCUGGCCCCCGGCAUGCGUGUGGCGGUCAUCCUCUGCGGGGGCAACAUCAGCGACGAGGUGUUCCGGGGCAUCGUCGGCCCGAGCGAAAUGUGA